AUGCGCUCCACUGGCCCUCUGGUGGACGUGAGCCUGGUGGUGGCGCUGUUGCUCAGCCCUGCUCAGCCUGAUGAUUGGAGUCAGCUGUGGGGAUCAGCUGAGCCGGAUCAGCUCCUUUCAGGUCCAGCUCAUCCCAGCAGCCUGCUGGACCAUGGACCUACCACCAUGUGUUCCUGCUGGUCCUGGUUCUGUCUCCUGUCUGUCUUCCUGAGGCUGCCACCUGAACCUCCUGCAUCAGCAACACUCUCUCCACCUGUACCUGCCCCCAGCCCGUACCUGCCCCAGCCCGUACCUGCCCCAGCCCGUACCUGCCCCAGCCAGCCCGUACCUGCCCCAGCCCGUACCUGCCCCAGCCCGUACCUGCCCCAGCCAGCCCUUUUUUCUGCAGGUUUGCGUGGCGUCGGUCCAAAGAAAUGCUGCUUCCGCUUCAAUGAGAAGCCGGUUUCUAAGGACCGAGUGGUGGGAUACGCGAAGACGAGCCAGCGCUGCUCCCAGGCCGCCGUCCUGCUGAACACCGUCGCCAACCGCCAGCUGUGCGUCCGGCCUGCAGCUGCUUGGGUGAAGGAGCUCAUCAGACACCUGGACGCCAAAUCCAUCCCAGGAAACACCUCCAACCUGUAACCAUGGCAACAACAGACCACCGUUACAGCAACACCUGUUGUUUUCCAUGAUUUAACCAACCUGAAGCUCUGCAUCUAAAUUAUUAACAUUCUGAUAUUUUUUGACUUAAAUCAAUCAGCUGGAAUUAAUGAUUUUUUUUUUCUUUUCCCAUAAUAAGAACAUUUCUUGUGUGUUUAAGCUCUCUUACUACUGAUAUUCACAUUUUCUACAUUUUUAAAGAAACUUUAUGUUAUUAUGUGGAAAACAGAGUUUUUCGUGAUGCAACACUCAGAACUGAACGACCGACACUGUGAACUGUUUCUACGUUUUGAAUUGAACUGACUGUAAAAGAACAAUAGAAGUGAAUAUAAGCUAACAGGCUCCAGCUCGGUGACCUCUUGUUGAAGUUAAACGGUUGUGUAUUUUUAUUUUUCAGUCAGGUUUUGAAGUCACUUGUUUCAGAGAAGGAACCCAAUUUCAGAAAAUUAUUUAUGUCUGUGUGCUUAUGCUACGAAUUUGAUUAUUUCAAAUAAAAGCAGGACAACGAGAAA